AUGACUGAGCAAGUUCCUUCAAAUCCAACUCCAUCUUCACCAAAGCCAGAACAAACACCACAAUCACAUGUUAUCAGCAAGAUCAGGAAAGAGCGUGUUUCUAACAAUGAGCUUGAAUAUCUUGUUUUAUACGAAGGAUCUGAUGAUAAAAAUGGAACAUGGGUCAAAGCUUCCACUGUUACAGAUCCAAAGCUUCUUGCAGCCUUUGAGAAGUUAAAGGUUCAGCGUGAAAAGCAGAAGCAACACCGUCUUGAGAAAAAAGCUGAAAAAGAAAAAGAGGCAAGCGAGAAACAAGCUCAAGAAGAAGGUCAAGAGCAUAAACCAGAAGAAUCUAAAUUGGUUCAGGCAAAGCUUGUCCUUCCUCCUGCAAACCAACAAGCACCACAACCCGGAUUACGACCAACUGUUCCUUCCUUCCUUAAAAAAAAAGUCAAACCUAAAUUAGAAGCAAUAUACGGCAUAGAGAGUGUAUCAAAUAAGGAAAUCAUCUUCCUUAUCAAAAAAGUUGAUGGUCCGAUCGAAAGAAAGCCAUUGUCAGAGCUCAAAAGCGAAUAUCCUUUCGAACUAAUCGAUUUCUUAACCAAAAACAUCGAAUUAACAAAGGAAGAAUAA